UGUGCGCAGGCUGCUGGGUGCGCAGACGACGGGGGCGGGUCAGUUUGCAAUUAUGGAGGACUCCAUUGAGAUAAUUCUUCAAGACCGUGGCAGGGUCCUUUCUACCAGCAGACCCCAUCCUGUCCUGUCAACCUGCGUGGGCGCUCUGCUCACAGGCGCGUAUGGAGUAUGGAGCCUGUUUGCUUUGCCUGGCUUUCGCAAAAUCCCGUGGAGCCUCAAGGUUCCUUAUUUGCCCUCUAGUAAAGAUCAGACACUGAACAUUAUGAAGCUGCUUGAGGGACGAACAGGUCGCUUAGCAGACCUGGGAUCAGGAGAUGGAAGGGUGGUUCUUGCAGCCUCUUCUGCUGGUUUGCAGUGCACAGGGUUUGAGAUUAACGGCAUUUUAGUUGCCUAUGCCAGGAGCAAGGUCCACUGGAAAGGAGUGCCCUCGAACCAGGCGACCUUUGUUAAAAAGGACUUUUGGAAGACUGAUUUAUCUGCGUACAACAAUGUGACAGCUUUCCUCGCUCCAGGAGUGAUGGAGUUGCUGGGUGAGAAGCUUUUGAAAGAGCUUCCUGAUGAUGCGCGUGUCAUUGCUUGUCGUUUUCCUUUCCCCAACUGGCCACAGCAAUCUUCUGUCGGCUCCGGUCUUGACCAGACUUUUGCUUAUGACAUUAGCAGUGUGCGCUCACAUCUGAGAAAAGUAUCAAACACAGUGGGGUAAUAAGUCACAUGUUUCUUGGUUGUUUUGUUUUCCAGCACUGUUACAGCUGUAGAGAACAGCUGUGACUCUCCAUUUGGUGUCAAGGACUCCCAAAUUGAUACACAUCAGGCUGCGUACCUGUAUUUGAUAAGAUGUAGUCUCAGGAAUCCCUGUCUGAUAAGAAAUAGUUUUUCCAUAACUGUCUAUUCUGUAGAUUGGCAGAUUGACAGUGAAUAGUGUGAAAGAAUAAUAAUUUUUAUAUAUUCUCUCAUUGGGAUAACUUUUAGUCAAUGAAAAUGGAGUGAAAUUAAAAUAUUCCCCAUGUUUCUGGGGACCUCCUGGAACCACCUCAAAGACCCUCCAGAAACUUUAAUGUUUUCUUACACCAGAAAUGAACAAAGACAAACAAAAAAACAAAAAACACAUUUUGGGGUGCCCUGGUAGCUUACCUGGUAGAGCGUGCCCCCCAUACACUAAUUCCUUUCUGCAGCGGCCCAGGUUGAAUUCCAACCUGCAGCCCUUUACUGCAUAUCGUCCUCUCUCUCUCCCCAACUUCCUGUCUCUCUCUGGCUGUAACUAUGCAAAUAGUGGCAUAAAAGCAGCAAACUUAAAUAAAUUGGUGAUAUCUGUCUGUUAUGAACACUGAUCAGGAGUGAUCCUUUUUCAAAGAUGACUUUGAACAUUGCGAGGAUGAGAGGAACUAUGUCAAAGUAAGAUGUCAGGAUGAUUUUGACAUCACUUAGUCCCUGCAGUAUUUAAUCUUUGCACUGUAAGAACAGACUGAACCUUUGCCAUAUUACCGACUGUCUUAUAAAAACCAUCAUGCUCUUCUGUCCCCAAUAUGGCUCUAGCUCCCUUUGUAAGAGCUCUUUCACUACAAAUCAUUUUACUUCCGCAUCAACACUAAUAAACCUCUUCAGCAGCAAGCUACAGCAGGGAUUGUCAGGGUCAUAGUUUCGUCCUACUUUCCUUUUGUGGAGUUGUAAUUACAUUUGUAUGUUAUGUUCACUUGUGUUUAUUCAAAAAAUGAAUGCCUAUGUCUACAGCUCAAGGCCAUUGUGAGAUUUGUUCCAUUGGUCUCCCAGAGAGCCACUGAGGGUUAGGAACAUGGACAGCAUGUUUAGAUGUUGUGCACAACCACCUCACAGGUGGUCUAAAAUAAUUAUCUAUGUCUGCUGACCCUUGAGGGUCAUAUGGAAUAUUUAACUGGAUAGAGAAAUAUGCAUUUUAGUCUGAGAACCAUGGUUAUGUGUUGACAAUAAAACUAAAAUAGAUUUUAAUAAACAGA